GCGCACGCCUUCUAAAAAUAAGAAGUGCCACGUCAAGUGCUGAUUGGCUAAAAUUGGGACCGUCUGGCUUUUUCUUUGGGGUGUUACAGGGCACUUUUUCGUUAGUCAAUAGCUCAAAAGCAUUUAGUUUUCGUGCUCUUCGCAUUCUUUUUCCUUUUCCUUUCUCUCUUUUAAAUUAUUAAUUUAUUGAUAUCAAAUGACUCAAGCUGCUACUACUCCUGCUCCUGCCGCUGCUAACAACGACAACACUACUGUUGCCACCACAGAUGCCAAUGAACAACAACCUUAUCAAGAUCGUUUCAUUGAGAGCUCUGCCCGUAUCGUCCCUUACGAUUUAUUAGAAGCCCGCGGUAACGCUGAUAAAAUUAAUGACCCUGAUGCCACUAACUACAAAGCUGCCAAGGAAAAGUUCCGUGAAGGUUAUGAACUCUGUAUGAGUAUUCCUCGCACUUUGGAUGAUGACAUUUUGGCAAAGCAUGAAGACGAUAUCAAGCAAGCUUCUGAAACUAUGGUUGCGGCUUGGUUAAUGGAUGAUAGAGCAGCUCCUAUGUCUGAACGUAUACUUAUCUUGGGUCAACAAUAUGAAAAAGUGCUUUUGAAAGACUUGCCGGAAGAACAAAAGGAAGGAUUUUUCGUGAAGGACAGUCUUUUGUUCUCUGCUUGGAUUCUGUUGGUUGGCAAACAAUUCAAACACUGUAUCACUACUUUAACUUUGGCUAUCGACACUUACCCUGACCUUCCUUCCCGUGUCAACUACAUGCGUGCCUCAUGUUACCUUUCCUUAGGCAAAAUAAGACAAGGUAUUAAGGAUUUAGAAAAGGCUCUUGAGAAAGACCCUAGCUUCUCUUUGGCUUAUUUUGUUCUUGGCUCUGUCUAUCUAUCCAUGGAUAACCAACGUGAAAAUGCUAUCAAGAACUACAAGACCUACCUUGAAAAGGGGUGUCCUGAUUCCAAUGAUACCAUCCACGCUCUCUACGCUCUUUCUACUUUAGUGAAUCAUAAGAAGCGUAAAGCUGAAGCUGAGGAAUACUAUAAGCGUGCCAAGAAGACUGAAGAACGAUUCUUCGAGUUAUUUGGUGCCCACACUGGUUUGAGCAAAGUAAAACGUGAAGCUAUUUUGGCUCACGAAACACCCGAGGAAGCUGAACGAUUGAUUGCCGUUUAUGCACCCAAGAGACAGUACGAUGAUAAGAUGAAACAAUUGAUUGAAUCUGGUAUUUUAAACACAUCCUUCCCUCCCAACCCUAAGCGUUGUUCCCAUUGUGCUGCCACUCAUGCCAAGGGUAAGGAAAACUCCGCUCCUUUGAUGGCUUGUGGUGCUUGCAGAAGCAUUUGGUAUUGUUCCCGUGAAUGCCAAGUCGCCGAUUACAAAGUCUCUCACAAGCAACAAUGUAAAAAAUUACAAGAAUUGAAAAAGUCAACAGCAGCAGCAAAGGAAGAGGGAGCUAUGGCAGAGGCCACCACCGAAAAGAAAGAAGAGACUGCGUAAAAUAGCUUUCUCAGCAGGGAUUUUUAUAAUUCAUGACAAUACAUUACAAAAAUGAUUUGCAAUGUAUGGAAACUGAAUACAACCAAAAACCCAAGAAAAGACAAAGUGUAUAUAUAUAUAUAUAUAUAUAUAUCUAUCUCUUCAAUUGAUACACUCUCCUAAACAAUCUUACACAAUCUUAUACGCAUCUGAACCUACGUUAAUUUACAUACACAUUUUUGACAUAUUCUUUACCAUUUCUAUACAGAAUGCCCAUGAUAGGUCCAAGAAUGAUAUCUUUACUACCUUUAAUAAAUUCAUCCCAAUUGAAAAUGAGCUUUACUGUUAAAUGAGUGUUAUCGCUUAGAAUACAUGACUACAA